AGUAGUUCUCCACCCACCGGCAGACAGAGAGGACGCAGCUUAGCCAACGCGGGUUCCCGAUCUAAACAUAUGGCAAAAAUAGCCCUUCUUUCUUUCAACGUUGGGCCCACUACUCUUUAAAAAUUCCGCCAAAAAAGAGAAGACGAUUUUCCAAAACCUUUCGGCCGUUAUCUCACGGCUCCCCUGUCUCUGCACAGGUGUAUGAGCGCUACCCAGAGGGCCUAGGGGCGGCCCUUUACAGGGAGCACUUUGACUUCAACGCUGAGCCACCUUGGGAUCCUAGCUGAUAGCGGGACAGGUCCAUCUCCUGACUUGUCCAUUUUGUUGCAUACCGGCAGGACCCCAUUGGCUCAGUCGUGACCCCUUGGCUAUAUUUACUUCUUCUUUAUGAUCGUCGGCUUAGCGGAAUACGGUUAAGAUGAAAGGAUUCCCUGACAAACCAAGCUACAUCCUCGAACUCCUGGAGGGAGGAGUUACUCUGGAAGAUGUUAUUGAUGGACACAUCUGCGAACAGGAUCAGGUGGAGAAAAGUGCGUUUGUGGUGGGUGACCUUGGUGCCCUGAUGCGCCAGCACACCUGCUGGCAGAGCGUGGUGCCCCAGCUGCAGCCUUACUACCCAGUGAAGUGCAACAGCAGCCCUGCAGUCAUCGAGGUUCUGGCCUCUUUUGGCCUGGGCUUUGUUUGCGCCAGCAAGGCUGAAGUGAGUCUAGUUCUGGAGCAUGGUGUGUCACCAGAGAACAUCAUUCUGUCAAGCGCUUUCAAGCAGCUGGGACACAUCAAAUAUGCUGCCAAGAACGGCAUACAACACCUUGUGUGUGAAAAUGAAGCAGAGUUGUCCAAGAUUGCUCGCCUGCACCCAGAUGCAAAGCUGUUGUUGCAGUUAACUACUGAGGCUCAUGCAGCAGAGACCAGCAUGCCCUUUGGCUUUUCACUCAAGAGCUGCAGACAUCUGCUUGAGGCGGCCAAGGAGCUGGGCGUCCAGGUAGUUGGAGCGGCCUUCCACAUCCCGAGUACCUGUCAGGACGCACAGCAGGCCUACAGCCGGGCGCUGUCGGAUGCUCGCUGUGUAUUUGACAUGGGGCUGGAUCUGGGUUUUAACAUGAGCAUCCUGGAUAUCGGUGGUGGAUUUACUGGCUCUGAGUUUCAACUUAAACAGGUUGAGUCUGCAGUCCGGCCUCUCCUGGAUGCUUACUUCCCCCAGCGAUCAGGUGUGCAGGUUCUGGCCCAGCCCGGCUACUUCUACGUGGCAUCUGCUUUUACCCUGGCUGUCGGUGUAAUUGGCAAGGAGAUGGUGGCCAACCACUGGGAGAAUUUGUCCCAAGGUGAUAAGAAUGAGGAUACAGAGUUCCUGUACUACAUGAACGAGGGUGUUUAUGGCUCAUUCAGCCACAAGCUGUUGGGAAGCGUCAUCACCACCCCUUCAGUGCACAAGCAUGCACUGUGUGCAGAUGAAGCGGUGUAUCCCAGCAGUCUGUGGGGCCCAUCACUGGACCAACUGGACCAGGUCGUGGAGCGCUGUCUUCUGCCUGAGCUCAUGGUAGGAGACUGGCUGCUUUUCUCCAACAUGGGGACAUGUGGUCUGGAGGAGUUCAGCUGUGCCUCCACCUCCAGCCAGCUGCCAGUCUACUACACCGUUUCCACCUCUGACUGGUACGAAAUGCAGGAGGCGGGUGUGGUGCUUGAAGGUGCCAUGAAGAACUUCUCCAUGCUCCAGUACAGCGCGUAACUAGGUUUUCCCCUGUCCCAGCUUGGAUUGCACAGUUGUUCCUUCCUCUGCUCUCACUAUGUGAGAGGAGAGGUCGGGCUGGUGUUCCAGACAAGGGGCUAAGUGUCCUCAACAUUCCAGCCACCUUGGGGGGGAUAAAGCUGUGUCCUGUCAAUAUUUCCUUCCAGAGUUCGACUUUUUAGCUUUUCACUCCUAGAAAUAGGAGAGUUGAUUUUGCGAUACCUCGAUUUAAUCCUAAAUUCCCCUGGUUCAUAAUCGGAGUCCUGCUGCUCUCUGAAGGGCUGAAUCUGUCGAGUAAAAGCUCAAAUGAUAUUAUGCAACAAAAUGGAUGACUCAUUGAAGAUGGGACAGUUUAUUUUUGAAUCAAAGUCCGUUUACAAAUUGUAUAAUUUAAUCAGUUAAAACAAAUCGUCUAUUGAUAAUCUGACAGUCUUUUAACCUCAAGCACAUUUUUGUCUACAUGAAUUUUUUUUUUUUUCUUUGUCAUUGUAGAUUCAAUACUAGAGAUGAACCCUUACUUUGUAUAGAAUUGAUAGUUAUCUAACCUUUUGCUAGACUGCAGCUCACCUCAGUGUUUUAUUUAUUGGAAUCAAAUAUUACGGUGACAUAUUUCAGAGUUUAACUUUAAAUGUGUCUUGUCCAGGUAAUAUUCAUCGGCCCAUCUAUCAGUGUUUUCCUGAUAACAUAUUUAUGUGGUGUUUAUUUAUUAACUUUUUUAAACGCUACAGGAUUAGAAGUGCUGUGACCUCAGUGGUUUUCCCUUCAUUCAAAGGGUGUGGCAGAAUUUAUAUCAUUGUGUGCUGUCUCUGCUGAUACAGACAAACCAAAUGGUAACACUCCUCAUCUCAAGCAGAGAAGGGGCUCAGUCUGGUUAAUAAGACAGUUAUUUGGAUUAAAACCAGCUUUCAGAUCUACACAUGGGUGUCGCUUUUGGUCCUUUAUGGAGGAUCCCCAAAGCUAGCUAUUGAAGUAUAUUAAAAUUCUAUACCAAAAGUACAUAAAUGUCUCCCUCUUUAAAUAGAAAGACAUUGAUAGUUGAACACAGGCUUCUCUGAUGAAUUUCAUAUUAAAUCUUUCAUUAUGCCUCUUGAAAGACAUGAGGGGCACAAUGCGGAGUCUCUUGUAUAGCUUCAUGUUUGAUAACUUAAUAGGUAAUGUGACUCAGCAGCAGUUUGUAAGAAUCCUGCCCUUGUGUUUUACAAGUGACUAAUGUAUUAAUUGUCUAAGGCACUAAUGGACCAUAGCCUGUUUUGACUGUAAAUUGUGCUUGUUAAAGCAAUGAAAGUGAUUAAUUUAAUACAUUUCUGACUGAAC